AUGCCGUUUCACCACGGCACCGUGAAGCAUGGUCUGCACAAUGAAGAAGAGGAGCCGGGGCUAGGGCAGCAGCCCGUCGGCACACGGAAGGGCCCCACCUCCACCGUUGAAGACGCCGGCACACCGUCGGCGCCGCCGCCCCUGUCCAAGCUGCUCCCCUGCCUCCUCGCGCAGAAAGCCGCCAAGUGGAAGCACCACCACCACGCGCACCGUCGGCCACCACCACCAGGUCGCCGGACCGCCACUGGCCGAGCCGCACCACCGCCGCACGCCCGCGACGGAGAGGAACCAACGCAGCCGCCAAUGGAAACCUACUCCGACCUCGGCACCGACGGCGGCAGCCCUGCUCCGACGAAGCCGGCGAUGGAGGAACCACGCGCCGCCGCCACUGGAGGUCCCUCCAUAGUUGGCCCCGACGCUCCCCCCGCCCCCCAGCCGGGUACCGCCGCCGGCGCGAGGAAGCGGAAGGCCCCGACGACGGCGACAGCGAAGGCCGCCAGGAAGCCUCGCAUACCGCAGGUUGAAGAACCGAUCCAGAUGCAUGUGUACUAUGGACUUGGAGAAAUGUUUGACAGCGUUCAGGGCGAUGAUUUAGUUGAAGAUUCGUUAGACACUUUUGUAGAGAACAACUGUGCACAUGUCAUCGGCGAGCUACCGCUGCAGCCGCAGUCGAUGUCAUUGGUGGAUCUACAGCUCUGGAUCUUCAAGUUGUUCCGGCUCCAUCCAGAAACACAAGAUCUCGCUAUUAAGGGGUUCCUCAAACAACACAAAAGUGACUCCUACGACGACUCCUCUGAAGUGGACAGUUAUUUGGAGUACUGCCCGUGGGACAUACAUUACUUUACGACUGACAAGUGUUGGAGUUCAUUUGCCAAUAAAUUGAAGAGAAAAAGAAAUGUGACGCAGAAGUUCAUGUUGUAUGUGCAAUCUUCUGAGAUAGAGCAUUAUGACAUUCUGCUCAAAGCUGUAAAUGAUGAUUAUUAUCAACUGGCGACGGUUGUGUUGCCUGGGACAAAAAGCCUGACAAGUGGCUUCUGCUUUGGUGCCCUUGUGGAAGACUUGACAAUGACAGCAAAGGAAAUUGGAGAUUAUCUCACUGGUCAGUUUGGUAAGCAGAUUAGUCCUGGUGAGGCGUGGAGAGCAAAACAGUUUGCUCUGGAGAGGAAAUUUGGUACAUUUUAUGAUUCACACAACUUUGCCCCGAGGUUACUUAAGGAUAUAGCACGUAAAAACCCUGGUAGUUUUGUUGACAUCAAGGAUGCAGAGGUUGCAGGGUGUAAAGAUUUCCGUGUCCUCCAGCGUAUGUUUUGGGCAUUUGGACAGUGCUUACAGGCCUUUCGUACCUGUCGCCCUGUGCUAUGCAUCAAGGCCACACCACUAUGCGGGAAAUAUCAAGGGAUGCUGUUGACUGCUGUAGCAUUAGAUGCUAAUGAUUUCUCCAUUCCAGUAGCAUGUGCUGUCGUUGAGGGCGAGACCAACGAAAGCUGGUUGUGGUUUCUUAGGAAUUUGGAGCGAGCAGUGGUGCAUCAGUCUGAUGUGUGCAUUAUACACGACUACAAAAAGGAGUUGAUUGAUGCCGUGGAGGACUUUCUGAAUUCCUGUGAGCGACAAUGGUGUAGAGCAGAAAGCCGGUGGUGCAUGGAAGACCUUGCUGAAAACUUCUUUUCGUAUUUUGGCGACAAGAAGCUUGUGAUGAUGUUCAAGAAACUUUGCCAGCAAAAGCGACGCCAUAAAUUUGGUAAAAUCUGGAAGGAGCUUGAUGAGUUGACGUCCACAUAUAUGGCGGAGAAAGAACAUGGUGCUAGUGGGGAAAUGCAGCAGGAAUCAGUCGAGCAUGAAAUGGCGGAACUUGAGGUGCAAAGGCCAUGCAACCAACAUGAUUCAGUGGGGUAUGUGAAGGAAGGAGACAGAAAGAUAACAAAGUUCUCUGACUGGAUCAGUAUGAAACCAAAGGAGAAGUGGUCACUGGCAUAUGAUCAAAAUGGAGCAAGGUAUGGCAUCAUGGGCAGUUAUAUAGCUGAUGUAUAUAAGAACGACCAUGUAUUGAUAGGGAUAACAUGCCUUCCGCUCAGUGCGAUAGUGGAGGUGACAUUCCUGCGCUUGGUAGAGUACUUCAAAAACACAAGUGUUGCAGCAAACAAAGCAAUCGGCAACCCAUCAACUAACUUCCCUGAACGUGUUCAGGUUGACAUGACCUCCGAGAUGCAGAAAUCCGAGACGCACAAACUUAUGUAUACGGACACCAAUGAAAAAGGUUAUCUCGGUAAUGUAGUGGAUCAAAAAUUUACAGUUAAGGGAAGGAAGAGGGAGGUGACUGUUCACCUGAAGACGGACUAUAACCUCAGUAUGAAUAAGUCUGAAGGAUCCACAAUUGUAAAAACUGCCACCUGUUCAUGCAGCAAGCCACAGGUACUUCACAAGCCUUGCUCUCAUGUCAUUGUCGUCUGUUGUGAGAUUGGGGUUAGCACUGCUACAUACAUGUCUCCAUACUACAGCCUGCCCUAUCUAGUUCCCGCCUCGAGGCAAAAAUUCAAUAAGUUCUCACACGACUACAGAGAUAGGGUACCACGCUACUUCAGAGAUACUGUACUAUUUGGAGGCCAAGCACCAAUUUGGAUCCCAGACAAAAGAUUGGAGUGUGGCCUUCCUGUUUGUCUACUGUCGGACUGCAUGCAAACUGCCGUGAUUGAGGAAGAGCAAUAGUGCAGAACUGAAGAUGGAUCAGUUGCAGAAAAUCAAGGAUCUAAGACACGCUCAGAAGAACUUUGCCAGAUUUGAGCUUCUAUUAU